CCAGAAAAAAUAAAACAUAACCUCACACAAACCUAUCGCCCAUAAAAUUGAAAUUUUGGAUAUUGGAAAUAAACUAUCAUCACGAGAUUUGCGAGGGCGUUUAAUAUUUGUGAAACGAUUUAACAUUGUGAGUCUACAAACACCUUUUAAAAUGGCCGAAGAAAUCCAAAAGAAGUUACAGAAAGAGUUGGAAGUAUUCAAUGGUUUCCAAAAGGAAUAUCACAAAGCAGUAGCACUAAAGCAACAGUUAGAUAGUCAGUUGAAUGAAAAUAAGGUAGUGAAAGAGGAAUUGCAGCUGUUGAAGAAGGAUUCGGAAGUUUACAAACUUAUUGGUCCGGUUUUAGUGAAACAAGAGCUGGAGGAUGCAAGGCAAAAUGUUGCAAAGCGAAUGGAAUAUAUUACUAAAGAAAUGAAGCGAACUGAUGAUCAUAUAUCUGCAUUGGAAAAUAAACAAGAAGCCUCACAGGAGAACCUCAACAAACUAAAGAAUGAUCUUGGCAAAAUAAAGUUGAAAGCCUAAUGUGUUCUUGCUAAUAGACUUUGCCUUUGCUAAAAUACCCUAAUUUAAAGUCUUAUAACACCAGCCCAAGAAGAAACCUACGGAAUAUCAAUGAGGAUAGAUGAAGAACAAGAUUGUUUUUGGGCUCAACUGAAAUUUUCUAAUAAUCAUAUUGCUACCAUACUACUAACAAAUUUGUAUUUCUAGUUAUUAAACAAUAUUAAUAACACCA